UCAUCGUGGUCUGAGAACUGGCAGCCGCAGCCCGUGAGGCCCGGGGCCGCCUCAGGCGGGCGGGGGGACGAUGUUCCCGGAGCCCGGACGAGCCUCUCCUGGCCUCUGGGCAGGUUUAACCGGGCGUCUCUGAUCAACGUGGGCUUCCUGGAGAGCGGCAACGACACUGAUUACGUCGCCAUGCACGACGUGGACCUGCUGCCCCUUAACGAGCAGCUGGACUACGGCUUCCCCGAGGCAGGGCCCUUCCACGUGGCCUCCCCGGAGCUGCACCCGCUCUACCACUACAAGACCUACGUGGGCGGCAUCCUGCUCCUCACCAAGCAGCACUACGAGAUGUGCAACGGGAUGUCCAACCGCUUCUGGGGCUGGGGCCGAGAAGACGACGAGUUCUACCGCCGCAUCAAGGGGGCCGGCCUCCAGCUCUUCCGCCCCUCGGGAAUCACGACUGGAUACAAGACCUUCCAUCACCUGCAAGACCCAGCCUGGAGGAAAAGGGACCAGAAGCGCAUCGCUGCACAGAAGCAGGAGCAGUUCAAGGUGGAUCGGGACGGCGGCCUGAACAACGUGCGGUACCGGAUCGAGUCGCGGACGGCGCUGAGCGUGGGCGGAGCUCCCUGCACCGUCCUCAACAUCCUGCUGGACUGCGACACCAGCCAGACGCCCUGGUGCACGUUCGGCUGA